GCGCGAGUCACCCACCGCUCGAGCAGCCAGCAACGGAAACAGCAUCACGAGCCCCCGCCGCCCUGUCAACCACCGAAUUGAUUUAUUUACCAAAUAUGACCAAUCUGCUAUAAUGCUCAAAAGUAAUACCCCACUUUCAUGACAGCGAUCGCCUAUGGUAGGCUAGCUCUUUUUUCUUUCUUUAUUUCCCCCCUGUUGUUCUCCAUUGAUUAUUCAGUAAUGGCUGCGGCUGUCAAGAGGCAGGUGCAUCGUCAGGCGCUCGUUGGGCGUGAUGUGAUGGAUUCCGCUCGAGCACAGCGAUGAGAUCCGCGGAACCGAGGUCAGCUUUUCCCGUCAGCCGUCAACUCGUCCCCUCGCGAGCGCUCUGUGUGUAUUGAGCAAAUUUGUAAUACAUUUCCAGCGGGUUUUCAAGCCGAAGUCCGGCUGAUGCUGGUGGCAUCGGGCCAUGGAGUGAAGUGGCACCAUGCACACCUGAUGACAUUCUCAUUAAUUCAUAGAAACCUUUGCUUUUGGAUGAGCAAAAAUUUCGAGUUGCUUUUUCGUGUCGUGCCACCGCUUAUUUAUUUAUAAUUUUUCUAAUACCGAGCGCCGCCGAGAUGAUGGAGCUGGACGAGGUGGUGUACCAGGACGAUUAUGGGGCCGUUUCUGUCAUGUCAGAGCGGGUGUCGGGCCUCGCCAGCAGCAUUUACCGGGAGUUCGAGCGCCUCAUCAAGAGCUACGAUGAGGAGGUGCUGAAGGAGCUGAUGCCGCUGGUGGUGAACGUUCUGGAGAACCUCGACUCGGUGCUGACGGAGAACCAGGAGCACGAGGUGGAACUGGAACUUCUCAAGGAGGACAACGAGCAGCUCAUCACACAGUAUGAACGGGAGAAAGCGCUGCGCAAACAGGCAGAGGAGAAGUUCAUUGAAUUUGAAGAUGCUUUGGAGGCAGAGAAGAAGGAGCUGCAGUCCACAGUUGAGAUUUUAGAGUUACAAUCAAAACAGCUGGAGCUGAAGACCAAGAACUAUGCUGACCAGAUUUCUCGUCUGGAAGAGCGAGAAUCAGACAUGAAGAAAGAGUAUAAUGCCCUUCACCAGCGCCAUACAGAGAUGAUACAGACGUAUGUGGAACACAUUGAACGCUCCAAGAUGCAACAGGCGGGCAGCAACCAGUCCGAAUCCACAGGCUGCGGACGAACUCAACAACAUAAACAGAGGAAAAGUAAAACAGAGCGGCCCCCAUCGUUGAGUUUGUUUCCUGGUGGAGAUGGCAUGGUACGUGGGGGUCCUGGGGGGGCUAGAAUGGUUUCGUCAGAUGCCUGGCAUUCCAGCGAUCUCUGCAGACUUGUCUAUGGCCCUGGCUACCAGGAGGAUGGUUCAGAUUCAGACUCUGUUGCAGCCACACCCAGCAGCACAGGCAGCAAAUCGAACACUCCCACUUCGUCUGUUCCCUCGGCAACAGUUACUCCUCUAAACGAUGGGCAAGUGACUGUGGGAGAGUUUGAGAUGUCCCAAGGUCGAGGCCUCAAGAAUGCAAAGCGUCUCAGCAGAAACAUGGAGGUGCAGGUCUCUCAGGAAACCAGGAACGUCAGCAUUGGUAUGGGCAGUAGUGAUGAGUGGUCAGAGUUUCAGGAAAUCAUAGACUCAACACCAGAGCUAGACAUGUGCUUGGACCCUCGAAUCUUUGGAGGAGGAAACAGUCCUUCUCAGGGCAUUGUGAACGAGGCAUUCGGCAUCAACACAGACUCACUGUACCACGAGAUCAAAGACGCCAAAUCUGACAUCAUUGGGGAUGUGGACGCAGGAGCAGAACUUCUUGGAAUGGGGAAAGAGGUGGAAAAUCUACUAACAGAGAACAAACAGCUGCUGGAGACCAAGAAUGCCCUGAACAUUGUGAAGAAUGACCUGAUUGCUAAGGUGGAUGAGCUAUCGAGCGAACAAGAAGUUCUUCGGGAAGAGCUUGAAACAGUGAAGCAGUCCAAGAGCAAAGUGGACCAGAGAGUUAAAGAACUAGAGGAAGAUCUAAAGAGGUUGAGAGCUGAAGCAUUAGGAGCAUCUCUGGACUCUAAAGAUGAGGGUGGAGAGGAUUACUCAUCUCCGCUGCAGGAUGAUGUUGCCAUGACGCAGAGGCGACGGUUCACACGUGUAGAGAUGGCGCGUGUACUGAUGGAGCGGAACCAGUACAAGGAGAGACUGAUGGAGCUUCAGGAAGCUGUGCGUUGGACCGAGAUGAUCAGAGCUUCUAGGGAGAGCCCAUCACUUCCUGAGAAGAAGAAAUCCAUAAUCUGGCAGUUCUUUGCACGUCUUUUCAGUUCAUCUGCAAGCCCACCUCCAGUUAAACGGCCUUACACCAGUGUUAACAUCCACUAUAAGUCUCCAUCUCCUGCUGGCUACAACCAGAGACGCUCUCAAACCAUGUGCCAGAUUUCCACCUCCAACUGCAUACUGGAGUUCCUGCCUGAAGAACUGCCCAGUAAUGGUGUUGCAUCUCUUCUCAGCGAUUCAGCACUCUGUACCCGCAGAGAGCAGCGUCGAGAACAAUACCGGCAGGUGCGCGAGCACAUGCGCAGGAAGGACGGACCAAUGCAGACCUGCGGCUGGAGUGUCCCACCCCGAUUCAAACAGAAUGGCUCCCAGGCGGACAGCACUCAAGAUGCCACAGCAAAGAGGACGCAGGCCAAUGAGAAAGAGGAUAAUCGCAUGAAAAAUGUCCCUGUGCCAGUAUAUUGCCGCCCUCUGGUGGAGAAAGACCCCAACAGGAAGUUGUGGUGUGCAGCUGGUGUGGAUCUUACUGGUUGGAACACCAAUCCGGAGACUGCUGGUGUGAAGCCAUCCAAUGGCUCUGAUCCAUUGACAGUAGAGGAUGGAGGAGACAACAAGGGUGAGCAGAGCUCUCCAGAGAAAAAGAAGCCUAAGGAGCUGCAUGAGAUGGACUCCAUGAACAGCCGUGUAUGGAUUCUGACCAGCACUCAUUCAGCCAGUAAUGUGGUCAUCAUUGAUGCAAACCAGCCCUGCUCACUGGUCGACCAGUUUAAUGUGUGCAAUGCCCAUGUGCUCUGCAUCUCCAGUGUACCAGCGGCCAGUGAGAAUGAUUAUCCAGCAGGUGAGAUCUUUUUGGAUCAGCAGGGUGGUGAUGGAGCAUCAGAGGAGAAGGGUGGAGUGGAGGGAAUGUUGGCUGGGAUCACAAUUGUGGGCUGUGCCACUAACUGCAGUGUAGUACGCAGCAACUGUUCAUCUCGCACUGAUACACCCGUGCAGGACCGAAGUCAAGCUCCUACAGCUCCAGUUUGCAGAAGCUUGGCAGUUUCACAGUCAGCGGAGGAAGCGACAGAAGCCAUUGAGGUGUCAGAGGAGGCAGAGCAAAGUGAAAAUGCAGACAAUGCCCUCGGAUCUUUCACAGAACAUGUCUUUACUGACAACACACACAGUGAAGCAGGUGUCCCGAAGGAACAAGUGACAUCAGCGCCUACAGACUCAGGGGAGGCAGGAAAUGACCGUGCAGGAACAAGUGCUGCUCCUACCAUGUGGCUGGGAGCCCAGAAUGGCUGGCUUUAUGUCCAUUCUGCAGUGGCAAACUGGAAGAAAUGCCUCCAUUCCAUCAAACUCAAAGACUCUAUACUGAGUUUGGUGCAUGUGAAAGGGAGGGUUCUUGUUGCAUUAGCUGAUGGCACUCUUGCAAUUUUCCAUAGAGCUGAAGAUGGACAAUGGGACCUAUCAAACUAUCAUCUAAUGGAUCUGGGUCGACCCCACCACUCCAUUCGAUGUAUGGCUGUGGUGCAUGACAAAGUGUGGUGUGGUAACAAGAACAAGAUCUAUGUCAUCCAGCCUAAGAGCAUGCAGAUCGAGAAAUCAUUUGACGCUCACCCACGCAAGGAAAGCCAGGUGAGGCAGCUUGCAUGGAUUGGUGAUGGCGUCUGGGUUUCAAUUCGUUUGGAUUCAACACUCCGCUUGUACCACGCACUCACACACCAACAUCUACAAGACGUGGACAUUGAGCCUUAUGUCAGCAAGAUGCUAGGUACAGGAAAGCUGGGGUUUUCAUUUGUCAGGAUAACCGCCCUGCUGAUUGGAGGAAACCGGUUGUGGGUGGGAACUGGAAAUGGUGUCAUCAUCUCUAUUCCUCUGACUGAAACCGUAGUGCUUCAUCGAGGUCAGCUCCUCGGACUGAGGGCCAAUAAGGUGUCACCCACGUCGUCAGGGGGCGUGAUCCAUGUAUAUGCAGAUGAUAGUAUCUCUGAAAAGAGUAGCUUCAUACCAUACUGCUCUAUGGCUCAGGCUCAGCUCUGUUUCCAUGGACACCGAGAUGCAGUCAAGUUCUUCGUGUCAGUGCCAGGAAAUGUGUUGGCCACCUUGAAUGGUAGUGUGCUGGACAGCCCAUCAGAGUCGCAGGGGUCCUCGGUAGCCCCAGCAGACACAGAGGCACAGAGCCUUCUGAACGUGCUGGUGCUGAGUGGAGGGGAGGGUUAUAUCGACUUCCGAAUUGGUGAUGGCGAGGAUGAAGAGGCAGAGGAAGCCGAGGGUGAAGCCCCACAGAUGAAGUCAGCAUUGUCUAAAGCAGAGAAGAGUCAUAUCAUUGUGUGGCAGGUGUCUUAUGGGCCAGAGUGACUCAUACAGACACCUGCCCCCUACCGCUCAAUAACGCACCCAAAGACAGAGUAUGAAACCUGAUCUCUUUCUGUAUCUAUGCCCCAAAUUCUGUACCUAUGCUAUGUAACUACCACAGCCUUGUAACUACCCCUUUAAAAGUCCUAUAUUGACCCCUUUAGUCUGUAUUUUCCUACCCUAAAUUCGAACUUCCUGAACGAUCCUUCAUUUCACGUCGUAACUUCCCCUCCCUCCCUACAAAAAGACAAACCACCUGCAUCUUGUGAUUGAAUGGCAAUUUCAAAUUAAAUACAUGUAAACAUCUUAAACCAGUACCAAACUACCAUCCUGAAAGAACUACCCAGUUUUAGACAAAUACCUGAAGACCCUUACCUUUACGUUCCUCAGCACACAGCUCACUGAAUGGAGACAGGAACUCAUUGCAUAGAGUUUCAGAGGAGCAGUUAGCUGAAUGGAACAAUUUCAACAAAAAUGUCUUAAUUUGUCCAUGAGGCUUUGUGUAGAUGGCCAAUACCACCUGGCUCUGUGUGUAGCCACAGGAUAAAAGAGGUAUGCAAACAGAAUGUAAAUAAUGGAGUUCAGUAUGCACUGAAGAGAGAAAGCGAAAAAAUAAUGAAUAAUUGAGAGGAUAAUCAAAUAAUGUGGAGGUCAGAAUCUUCCACAACCCAAAGGAGUGUUUUCAAUGCAUACUAAGUAUAUAUGUAAAAGAACAUAGUAAUGGAUUAGAUACAUUUAGAUAAAUGGAUUCAAGAACAAUAUCACCAAUUGCAGCAGGUCAUUUUUCAAUCUCAGUGAGAUGUGUGCUGAUUGGAUCUGACAACCUCCCCUUUGGGAUUAACCACGAGGUUGAGGCCUUUGAUUGGCUGCAGGUUUGACAGUCACCCUGUAUGUAAAAUCAUCAUUCUGUGUUCUCUGUGUGGUUAAGUAUUAAGUAAUAAACAUGUUUAUGUGCUAAAGUAUUCUGUGUUAGUGAAACAAUUCACAAUCCUUGAAU